AUGCGCAUUUCUGCUUGAGGGGCUAAUUUUCCAGCCCGAAGAAUUUGUAAGAGGGAGAGUAAAUUGUAGUACCAUUUGCUCCCAAAUGGUUGCACCAUGUCGAGGCGCAAGCAAGCCAAGCCGCAGCAUAUCAAUUCCGACGAGCCCGGUUCGUCCGAAAAUGGGAUUAUCCAAGACAGUCAAACUGGAGAGGAAGAGGCUGGGAAUGAGAUGAAGAGGGUCAGAAUGGACGAGACUAGAGUCUGCAACAAAUGCUGUGCUGAAUUUUUUGAUGAGGCAGAAUUUCAGGAACAUGAGAAAAAUUGCACUAAAAGUCAGCAGGUCGUCAUAUUGAAAGAUAGAGAUGACCACGAAGUGUCUGAGGAAUAUUCACAAGCUUCUCCUGAAGGCCCCACAAGUGAACAUGAUGACAGUCAAUCCAGUAAUCAUUCUCUAUCAAAUGUUAAUACAGAGCCUGUGGAAAGAUCAGAAGAGAGAAAAUUGGAUGGAGAGGAGUCAUGCCAACGAGAUCAGGCACAGAUUUCCACCAGCCCAGAGAUGACUUGCCAGCCCUCACCCAAGUUGCAAGAUUCAAAUGUCACACUUGAAUCCAUGACUGCCACUAAAGUAGCAGUAAAUCAGCAUUCUUCAAACUGUAGGUCUCCCCCCUCAUCUCAAGACGCCCUGCAAGCCAUCCCAGUGAUCUUGGAGCAAUUGGUGUAUCUCCAGCAACAGCAGCUUCAGCAGAUCCAGCUAACAGAACAGAUUAGAAUCCAGGUAGCCAUGAUGGCUCCCCAAGGUCUUCAGUCAGCUGUAGGGGCAGCAGUGGACCCCCUCAAAGCCCUGGGGGCCCAUCUCUCUCAACAACUCUCUGCUGCAGCAGCUCUGAUUGGAAAAAGGACUGGCAGUCAAAGCCUCACUAUGGAGACCAUGAAGCAAGGUAAAUUAUCUCAAACCACUGGUAUCCCUGUGCCUCUGGCUGGAGGACUGGGGACAAUGGCUGCUAAAACAGACAUUUUGAAGGGCAUUCCAGACCUGGCCAGCCGACUGCCAGCAUUACUGCCCCAGUCUCCAGGGGUCAUGGCUUUCCCCAGCAGUUUCACUGGUAUUCAAGCUGGGAUUGAUCCCUCUAAGAAAGGAAAGGGCAAGAUUCCCAGCCUGCCAUCAGAGUCAAAGAAUGGUGAUUCUUUAUAUAAGCACAAAUGUAAGUACUGUGUGAAGACAUUUGGGAAUGACAGUGCUCUCCAGAUUCACUUGAGAUCUCACACUGGGGAAAGGCCGUUCAAAUGCAACAUAUGUGGGAACCGAUUUACAACCAAAGGAAACCUUAAAGUGCAUUUCCAAAGGCAUAAAGAAAAAUACCCCAAUAUCAGGAUGAACCCUCACCCUGUGCCAGAACACCUUGAUAACAUUCCCACCAGCAGUGGCAUUCCCUAUGGCAUGUCCAUGCCUAUAGAAGACUCCAAUAUGGUUGACAUGAAACCUGUGCUGGGACAUCCAGCUGCUGGGUUCCAUCCUUCAUCCAUUCCAGGGUUCAAGACUACAUUUGAGGGUUUUGGAGGUGACCCAUUUUCCCAGAGACCUUCCUCAUCAACAAGUGAUGCAGCAUCAGUUUCCUCAAACAUGUUUGGCCACGAAAUAGGAUUGGAUCAGAGCCAGGAUUCCAAAGAAUUGAUGGGGGCACUACAUCAUAUGCAUAGUAAUUCCCUCUCAGCAGAACAAAGCUCUGGAACAGCCAAACUACAGCAGAUGGUGGAUGGUUUGGAGAAAAGGACCAAUGACCCCAAUGAGUGUGUCAUUUGCCACAGAGUGCUCAGCUGCCAGAGCUCCCUCAAGAUGCAUUACCGCACACACACAGGUGAGAGGCCUUACAAGUGCAAAAUCUGUGGCCGUGCUUUCUCCACCAAGGGAAACCUUAAAGCCCAUUAUGGAGUGCAUAGGGCCAACACUCCUCUCAAAAUGCAGCACUCCUGCCCCAUCUGCCAGAAGAAGUUCACCAAUGCGGUGGUUUUGCAGCAGCACAUCCGCAUGCACAUGGGUGGGCAGAUCCCCAACACUCCCGUGCCAGAAAACCAAUAUGAAGCUGCAGAAGCAAUGGACUCCUCUUUACCAGAUGAGAAGUUAAUGGCCACCAAUGGCUUUGAUGAAAGCAUUGAAGAUCAUGAGGCUGAGCUAGACCCUCAGGAGAAGCCAGAUAACAUUUCAGAUUGCCUUCAACCAUCUACCUCCGAUGAGCAGCAACAGCAUGCCCCCCCAUCCAUGUUUUCCAGCCUGGAUGUUUUGAAGAACCUCACCUCAGGUCUUACACUGAAACGGCAGAGUAGCACAGCUUCAGAAAGUGAAGGAACCCCCAAAGAAUCCCCCACUGUUCCAAGAGAGCAGGAAUAUCAGAAUGGCUGCAGUCCUGCCAUCUCUGAAUCAGCCAUGUCAUUUCACUCCUCUUCCCCUGUCAACACCCACAUGGGUAGUAGUCAGUCGAAAUCUCCAGAAUGUGCUAUUACGGAUGACUUUGCCCGCAGUGGGUCAAGACCAAAUUCUGACAGUGGCGGCCAAGAUGGUAAUGAGUCGAGUGGAGCACUUGACUUAACAGCCCCCAGCAGCUUCACCCCUAAAACAAUAAAAGAAGAACCUAGCCUGUCCUUUUGUAAUGGAGACUAUGCUCCCAGUCAUGUGCCUUUCAUGCGGAUGCCUCCAAGUCUGGCCAGUCUAGAGAUGAAGAUUCCUCCAGAGAAUCCCCUUGGUCCUCAUGGCUUGUUUAGCUCUCAGAUGCCUCAGGGAACUGGUAUGCCUUCAGCCAACUCCAGUUUGCCACGUCGAUCAGCCAAACAACAUCUAUGUAAUGUCUGUGGCAAGAACUUCUCUUCUGCCAGUGCUUUGCAGAUCCAUGAGCGCACUCAUACAGGGGAGAAGCCUUUUGCCUGCACCAUCUGUGGCAGAGCUUUCACCACCAAGGGAAAUCUCAAGGUGCAUGUUGGAACUCACAUGUGGAACAACUCAUCAAGACGUGGCCAGCGUCUGUCUUUGGAUAACCCCAUGGCCCUGAUGGCGAUGAGCUCUGAAGCCAAGAUGUUGCCAGAGAUGAUGCAGGCUCCCAAAGACCUGGGUGCUUCACCAAUGAAUUUUGAUCCUUCUCUAUGGAACCAGUAUGCUGCUGCCUUUAGCAGUGGCUUGACCAUGAAGACUAAUGAAAUUUCUGUCAUCCAGAGCGGUGGCAUUCCGCUCCCUGGAAGUCUUUCUGGUGGUCCUAUGGUCGGAUCCACUGGAGGCCUCAUGAAGAUUGAUGGCUCGCAGUCUGGCUUGCCUGCUACUAUGGCUGAAAUUGAGAAGAACAGCUCUGACACUGUCCCAAAAUCACAAUUUCCACAUUUCAUGGAAGAGGGUAAAAUUGCAGUAAAUUAG